AUGUCGAUUGAAAAAUUCAUCUCUCAGCCACCGCUCAUAGUUCAUUCUUCGCUUUCUCAACUGCGAUACCUCGUGUUAUCAGAAGGGUUGUCCGAUGAAGAUCAUCAACGUACAAGAUCUCACGUUUGGUCCAUCCUCUCCCGAGCAUCGCUGGAAAAAUGUACUCAGGAAUACCUGCGGCUAGUACAAUUAGGCGCACCACCAUCGAAUUGGAUCUCUAAGAUUAAAAAUGAUACUUUCAGAACGCUAUCCACAGAUGAAAAAUUUAGGAAUAAGGUCACUGAAUCGCAACUAAUUAGAGUCCUAUCUUGUUUCGCAUGGGAUGUUCUUGAUAGUAACCAAACACAUGAACUUCCAGGUCUUUCCCCUUAUGUGCAGGGUAUGAAUGUGCUGCUGGCACCCUUUCUAUACGUUUGCCCGACCGAACCUAUUGCAUAUAAACUGUUCCAUUCGCUUUGCUUCCAAAUGAUACCCACUUAUUUGAACCAGUCUUUAUCCGGCGUUCAUGUAGCAGCCAAGUUAUUGGAUAAAUGCUUAAAGAUCAUUGACCCUAAACUGAGUAAAUUUCUAACAGAUAAUUUAUUGACAGCAGAGAUAUUUGGCAUUCCCUCAAUAUUGACUUUGUCCGCCUGUAAUAAACCACUGGAUCAGGUUAUUAAACUAUGGGAUUUCAUGUUCGCUUAUGGAUUUCAUAUGAAUAUCCUUUUCAUUGUGGCUCAGUUAGUCAUAAAUAGACAGGCUAUUAUGGUUUCUUCCUCUCCUAUGAACCUUUUACGUGAGACACCGUCUAUCAAUGCAGAUGAAAUCAUCACCCUAGGAGUUGGUUUUCUAGCAAAACUACCUGAUACGUUGUAUACAAAUUUGGUAGAUCAUCUUACGGAUGAAUCAAUUACAAUGUCUAACCAUCUAUAA